GCAAAAAAUAUUUAUUUUUCCGCGCCGCAUAAAGGAUUUUUACAUCGGUGUUCAAAUAAAAUGGAUUCGAUUGCUCUUUGGUUGCAAAAUGAAGAUGAGCGAUUGGAGCGUAAAUCAAACGCGAUGGUGUAGACUUAAUUUAGUUGACGGAUGCAACGUAAAAAUCAAACGAAUACAAAUGUCUUCUUUCGAGCGACUUUGAAUUGAAAAGAAAUUUUCACCGGUGGUGCCUCCUGGUAAUUUUUACGCCAUUUUUUUUAUGGCUGUAAGUAAUUUUCAGGAAUCCAGGAUGAAAGAAACAAUCAUUAGUGACAACGCCCUGUUAGGCGCUUGCAACUCAAGGAAACGGUGUGCUUUUGAUGACGAGGAGGUUGAUGUGACUUCCUAUGACGUUAGCAACCAAAACCGCUUCUCAAUUUUGAGUAAAAUUAAAUUUGUCGAUACAUCUAGCCAAGGUAAUUCUAACAAUUUGAGUGAAAGUAAGCCAGCUGCCAACAGCCGUAAGGAACGGCCCGCCAAGAAAAGUCCCAACAACGUGGAACCAAAAAAUAAGUUUUGUCCACCCAUCUUCAUUUAUGAUCAAGAUAUAAACUUGUUGGCAAAGCAACUGGAAGAGAGAGUGCCAGCCGGCUCUUUCAUAAUAAAAAAUGUGAACAAACAUAAAAGUAAACUGUACUUUAACGACGCUUCGCUGCAUAGCGAAAUGAUGGCGAUUCUUAGAGAAAAUAAAGUAAAAUCAUACUCUUUUACCCCUACUGAACUAAAACAAAUUUCCUUGGUGCUGCGUGGUUUGCAUUGUGGUUCCUCCGUUAUUGAGGUUAAGGACAUUUUGGAUUCUGAGGCGCCGGGCAUUGUAGCCCAUGUCUCGAAGUUGGUGACAAAACACUCAAAACAAAACAACUAUGACACCGGGCUUUUUUUAGUUACGCUACACCCAAGCAAAACCAAAAACGAUAUUGUUCACAUCAAUAGAAUUUUACAUCAAACCGUCUAUUGGGAAGUUCCCAAAAACAAGGAAAAGGUCAUUCAGUGCAGGCGCUGCCAACACUGGGGGCACAUUGCCAAAAAUUGUAAUUACCCGUUUAAAUGCGUUAAGUGCAGCGACAGUCAUGAGCCAGGUGCUUGCUCAUUAAAAGAAGCCGAAUCCAAUGUCCCUGUGUGUUCAAACUGCGGUGAAGCCGGUCAUCCUGCCAGCUGGAGGGGUUGUUCCUCAUAUAAAAAAUAUAUGGAAAAUAGAAGAAAUCUAUUGAGAAAAUCCAGAGAGCAGAGAGAGGUAGCGGCCCAGCAAGUUAAGAAGUCGAUUUCUGCAAUGAUUGUUCCUGCUUCGUUUUCAGAUCACUACCCACUAAAGUUACAAUUGCGAUUAGCUGACUUUGAAUUCAAUGUAAUACCAUCUAAUUCAUUCCAAUCGUUUAAGAAUACCAAUUGGUCUCAUUUUAAAAGAGAUCUUGAUGCAGCCUCAUCAGACCUUUUGCCACCUAUCAACAGGAAUCUGAGCAACCCCGAAAUUGAUAAUAUCGUGGACAAAUUUUCUCAAACCCUAGCAAACAUGGCUGAUAGACAUUCCACCAAAAUCGAACUAAAAAAUGGCAACUGGCCUCUGCCAGAAAACAUUAAACUAUUUCUAAGCCAAAAGCAUAGGUGCCAGAAACAAUUAAAGAGAAUUUAUCAUCGGAAUGGCAAUCGAACUUCUCCGGAAUAUAAUAUUCUGUCAAAGCAGAUCUCCUUGCUAAAAAUAAUUAUCAAUGACUUAAUCAGAUUGGAGCAAGCUAAAAGCUUUGGGAAGUUCCUGCAACAAAUUACCCCCGGUCCAUCGGCUUUUAAGCAGAUUAACAGAGUCAUCGGUAAGAGACAAUCAUUACAUAGCCACUGUAUUACAUAUAAUAACAUAUCGGCUACAAUUGAUGAAGAUAAAUGUACCCUAUUUCACAAUUAUUAUGGAUCAGUUUUCAGCGAGCAAGCCCCAGAUAGCCCUGUGGAAAACAUAGAUUCCAGGAUUGGUCGUUGUUUGGAAAACCUUCCUCGUCAAAUUUAUACCUUUAAUGAUGAUUUCACAUCCCUCGAUAAUGAAGACCUUUACCACUUCACAAAUUCGGAGUCUGUUAAAAGCAUAAUCGCCGCUUCUAAAACAAGAAAUCCUGCAGCAUUGAUAACAUCUCGAACUACAUACUGAAAAAGAUCCCUGAGUCGGCCAUAAAACUCUUAGUCAUUGUCUUCAACAACUGUCUUAAUAAUGGGCACUUCCCCCCAUCGUGGAAGAUUUCAAAGAUAAUUCCCAUUAAAAAAAAAACUCCU